AUGGGUCUCUAAUGACCAAAUUAUUUCCUAGAAAUAUAUAACUUAGUACUAAUUAUGUGGAAAAUAGUGACUGAACAAGCACAUUUGAUGAUGAAAUUUGUCCACAUGCAUGCAAACAAAUAGAUAAUAAAAUAGAUAAUAAUAUAAUAUAAUAAUAUCCAAUAACAAAAUAAAAAUGAAUACUUACUUUGGUUUAAAUUCAGCUGUUUUCUCAAGGAUAUUCAUAUUUAUCCUAUACAUAGCCUAGGCUACUAGUUAGAGACCUGUAAAAUAAAACUAAAAGCUUUUUUGUAUAUAUUUUUUGGGAAUAUUUAACAGAUGUUUCUGACUGUUGAACUCCGAACAGGAAGUUCCCUCAUCAGGUGAACAAUGAAAGAAGGAAGUAACUUUUAAGAUGAAAGAGUGCAGUGUAGUUUCUCUCUGUGAGUGAGUGUCACGACGCCCACGCUAAUACUAACUAACGCUCAUUUCCAAGUCAAAUAUCAGAGAGGUAAACAAAUGAGUUCUUAUCAGAGACAGCUAGAGGAUAAUUCACCAAACACUGAAUACAUAUUCAGGUUUACAACACAAGGUCAUGAGAUAUGUCCACAGACUGAAGCUAACAGGUCUCAGGUCAUGAUGCAGACUGGACCGUUCAUGUCUCCCUCUCCUCCUCACCAGCUGUGUCACCAUCAUGUCCGACGUGACGGCUUCCUGUCAGGAGUUUGAGGUGACCGUCCACACCUCACCUGGUCCCACCUGCGGAACCUUCAGCCACCUGUGGCUCAACCUGAUUGGCUCUCAGGGGGAGACUCCGCCCAUCAGCGUGAGCGAGGGCGACCAUCACCUCCUGGCCGGGUCGUCGUGUCCGGUUCGUGUCCGGGCCAGCGUUCCUCUGGGUCAUCUGGUUCUGGUCCAGCUUCGCCUGGAGGCUCGGACCGGGUUCCCCAGCCUGGACUGGCACUGCAGCCGGGUGGAGGUCCGCAGGCUGGCGGACGGACAGGCCGCGGAGGAAGGGCGAGGUGUGACGGGGGCGGGACCUGAAGUCCAGGUGUUCCUGUGUGACCGAUGGCUGCGACCAGCGGACGGCGACGUGGAGCUGCGGAGCGGAAAGUUGUGUUUGCUGAAGGACGAGACAGAAGAGAAGCUGAAGCAGCAGCGACUCAGACAGCUGCAGCAUCAACAGAAGCUCAUCAGAUGGCGUACGUACGUGGACGGCGCUCCUCAGUGUGUCGACCUGAACAGUCCGUCUGAACUCGGGCCGAACCUCAGCUACACGCACAAGAGUCCGGGAGCUAACGUCCACUAUCUGAAAGGCUUCGCCGACCGCCUGGAGGCCUGGACCAGUUUCACAGAGCUGGAGACGUUUUUCGCCCUGAGCGGACACCAGAGCAACACCGCCAAGUUCGUGAAGGCUCACUGGACGGACGACUGGUAUUUCGGCUACCAGUGUCUGAACGGCUGCAACCCUCUUCUGCUGCGUCAGACCCGCCUCCUCCCGCCAAACCUGUCCGUCACCUCCGACAUGCUCCUCCCCUUCCUGCCCGGAGGCUCCUCCCUCCAGCAGGAGCUAGAGAGAGGAACCAUUUACCUGUUGGACUACGAAGUGUUGGACGGCAUCCCGGCCAACGUGAUCAACGGGAAGCAGACGUAUCUGUCCGCUCCGCUGUGCCUCCUCCACCUGAACGGGCAGGGACAGCUGGUCCCCAUCGCCAUCCAGUUGCAGCAGACGCCGGGCCCUCAGAACCCCGUCUUCCUGCCCUCUGACCCCGGCUGUGAUUGGCUGCUGGCUAAGAUUUGGGUUCGUAGUGCCGAGUUCCAGUGUCACCAGUUGGCCUCCCACUACCUGAGGACUCACAUGCUGGGAGAGCUGUGCUGCGUGGCGACGCUGCGGCAGCUCCCACAGCUGCACCCACUGCACCAGUUGCUGAUGCCACACGUCAGGACGUCCCUCCAGAUCAACAUCCAGGCCCGAGCGUCGCUGCUGGCUGCUGGCGGGGUGUUCGAUAAGGCGUCAGGCUGUGGUCUGGAGGCGCUACCCGUCCUCCUGUCCCGGGGGUCAGAGAGGAUUCAUUAUGGAUCUCUGUGUGUCCCCGACGACCUGGUGCAGCGCGGCGUGGACAAACUGCCACAGAGCUACUACGCCCAGGACGCCCUGAGAGUCUGGGACGCACUGCACAGGUUCGUGGUCGGCUGGGUCGACCUGUACUACGGCGGAGACGAUGAGGUGCAGCAGGACUCUGAGCUUCAACACUGGAUCAGCGACAUCAACACACACGGCUUCAGCCACAGAUCAUCAGGUUUCCCUCCGUCCCUCCACACCAAAGCACAAGUGUCAAAGUUCGUCACCAUGAUCAUCUUCUCCUGUUCGGCUCUACACGCUGCCGUUAACUUCUCCCAGCUGGACUUCGCUCUCUGGAUGCCCAACAGUCCGGCCUCCAUGUUUCGUCCUCCGCCGCAGGUCAAAGGUUCGGUGACGGAGGACGACAUCCUAUCCUUCCUGCCGGACGUGAGCUCGACCUGUCGUAUCCUGACGACGCUGACUGUGCUGUCGCAGCCCGCCGUCAACUUUGUUCCUCUGUGUCACUACAAGGAGGCGGUCUUCAGAGAUGGCGCCCACCGCCGGCUGCUGGAGGAGGUGCAGGCCGAGCUCAAGGUCAUUUCUGAUGACAUCACAGAGCGCAACGGCCAGCUGGAGCUGCCGUAUCCGUACCUCUGUCCCGCUCGCAUCGAGAACAGCGUGGCCAUUUAAAUCUGCUUCUUCAGCAUCAUCCAACAACAGCUUCAAGAUUCAUCUUGUUUUUAUCUUUUACUUCAUCAGAUCAGUUUGUUUUUUUACGAUUAUAAAAAUGAGCCGAUUAUUAACUUUUCAACGGUAGUUUAAAUCCUUUGAGAUCCUCUGAUUGAUUUUUGUUAUUUCUAUAAAAAUCAACCUGAAGAGAGAUAACAGCGCUUUUAUUUCAGUCUAAGCUUUAUUUAUUUAAAUUAUCAACUUGACUUGUUGAGUGUUAAUCUGUGGCAGAUUUGAAUGAAGGUGUGAGUGAAUCAUUACGGAAAUAAACUGUUAUAAAAAAAACAAAAAACUUGUUUUGGAAA